UAUUAAGUUCAACUGAAUGAAUGACUGCUCAUCCUAAAAUAGUUUAUAAAAUAAAAUAACAUUCAGUAAAAGGUUGUGAAACAGUCAGGAUUCUUAAUAAGCACAGACAUGUGUGAAAUGAGCCCAGGGCAAUUUUGGAAAUACCUACAGGAAACAAAAAAAAAAAUGACUGAUUGAAAAAAUAGCCUUGCUUUGACGGUAUGGCUCAUCAAGGUGAAAUAGAGAACGUAAAAUACAGGAACUGGGUGAGAGGUGUCCUGGCGUAUAAAUAUCUAAGAUGUGGUAUCGAAGGAUUUGCCGAUGCAAUUGCUCAAAAAGAACAUGAGCGAAUUCUUCAUGUUGUAAAACAAAACCCUAGCUUUAAAGUCUGCAAUAAAUGUGAUCUGCGAACUUUGAGACCAAUACAUGAGUGUGAUCCCAACAUAAAAAAAAGGGAGUGUCCAUUGCAGCUGGCCAGCUGUAACUGUUUGAAAGAAAAAAAGUAUACGAAGAAAUGUCGCCAUAAUGCAUGUGACGCAAUUCUAGAAGAAAUAAUAAAAAGCCACGCCUCAUCACCGCCUGCACCAAACUUGAAAAACACCGAUAUAGAGAAAUGGUGUUCUGCACCAUGGGAAGUCGCCAAAUGUUUUAUUGCUGCUCCGGGGUAUCGAAAAAAAACGGAUGCGUCUGAUAUUGACAUCGCUGGAUUACUACAUGUCUUUAUCAACAGCAUUGAAUUCCAAAACAAGAUAACUAAUGUUAAUAUUUUCAAAGAAGUUUUGUACAAACGGAAUAUGAUAUUUCACUCGACUACUAUGGAAUUGGACGACAAGGAGAUGAGUGAUUGUAUUGAUGAUAUCAUAACAAUUCUGGAAGAUGACAAGGAACUUAAAGCAAGAAAUGAAGCGCAGCAAUCUGUUGCCAAACUCAGACAACUGAAGCAACAUGACUUCAUAAUAACCACCACAACCGCUGCCGAGGCACACAAAGAUUCCUUGUACUUAUUCUGUCAGAAAAUAGAGGCGAAUAAACAAGUUAUUUGUGACGAUAUGUCUGAUUUAGAGUCCAAAGUUCAUGAAGCAAAUUCUCAUUUUGGCUCAGAAGUUCAUAAAGCAAAUUCUGAUUUUGAUUUCAAAGUUCAUAAAGCAAAUUCUGAUUUUGAUUCCAAAAUUCAUGACGCAAACUCUGAUUUUGAUUCCAAACGUCAAGAUUUUAAAAUGGACAUUGUUUCAAAAAUUUUUGAGGCGAAAUCUGAUAUUGAUGGAAAGAUUCGUGACGCAAAAUCUGAUAUUGAUUGCAAAAUUAAAGAUGCAAAGUCUACUGUUCGUUCAAUCUUUAAAGCAUUUGUAGACUCGGAACAUAAACCAAGUAACUGUCACACUCAAGAGAUGAAACAGAUGAUCGAGGUUCAGAAUGAUUUGAUAAAACAACUUAAAUUAGGCAAACAGCGUUUCACGGAUAGAGAGCCUGACGUUAAACUAGAAGAUGCUAACCUGAGGAGAUCGUGCGAUGUUUAUCAGAAAGAGCGAGAAUAUCAAGAACAGAAACAAGUGAUGCAAAGAAUGUUGGUUGAACUUUAUCAAAAGCACUAUGUGAAAACAUGGGUUUCUCCGCUGAAAGUUAAAGAGAACAAUAUAAACGUAAAUGAGGUUUAUGUCUGGCCAAAUAUGGUAAUCAAACCUGAUACUGAGUUAGAUACUCCCAAAGAUGUAAGUGCGGACAACACUAUAUCGCAUGAUUCUAAGUCAACAAAAAUAAAGCGUUAUCAUCAAGUAUUUCAAACGAAUGAUGUCAGACAUAGGGUGAUCUAUAUUGUUGGUGACGUUGGAACUGGCAAAAGUUCCUUCUGUAAAAUGAUGAUAUACAACUGGUGCAGAAGUUUAACGGACGGCGAUUGCAACGGAGUUGCGUGUUUGCAAACGAGUGAUAAAACUGAUAAAACGACCCACAGAUGUCCUUUAAUUCCACAUGACGAAGCGGCUAUUCGAGCAGACAAUAUCAAAGACAUGAAACAAUUCGAAUUCCUUUUCUUCAUACCUUUGCAGGCAAUGUCAGGAUUGCCGUUAAAUGGAGGCCAAGUAAAUGACUUAUUUGAAAUGAUAAAAAUACAAUAUAUUAAUAUUGCGUCAAAGUUUGGCGAAUGUUUAAAAAGAAUCUUCGAAGAAGAAUCAGAGCGCUGCUUAGUCAUAGCUGAUGGUCUAGAUGAAUGGACCCCACCAAAACACACACCUGGCCAUGGCAGCUGCGGCAAACCAGUAGCAGAUCGAAUACAGAAUGCUACAUUGGUAACUCUUUCUAGGCAUUCUGCGAAAGGAAUGUUAAACAUAAGACUUUCUGAGUAUGAUCAGAAAAUUGAAAUUCUUGGAAUAGAGAAAGAUGCCUUACUAGAUUUUGUGAAAAAUUACGUGUCAAAACUAAACAGAUCAGAUGAAUAUGCAUAUUCCUUUAUGAACAGAGUCCGAUUAGCAAGACUUGAACAUCUAGAAAAAACACCACUUCUUCUGCAGCAACAUAUCUAUACAUAUUGCAACAAUAAUAGUAUUGGUAAGUCAGUUAGUGAUAUUUACAGCCAAAUGGUAAACAUUAUGUUUUGCUGGUUUCGAGACAAAAAAGAAGAACACAUUACUGCAGCUCGAGAUUAUGUUCAUGGAGAACACAAAUUUGAGCUAAUGCAACUACCAAAGCUUUUGGGAAAGUACCCAAAUUGUAAAGUAAAUAAAAUAUAUCUCAUUAUUCUUGGUAAAGCUAGCUUUGAUGCGUUAACUGCCGAGAUACCAACGACCAAAUUUGGUCGCUUAGAGCUUCAGGAGUACGGCUUGUCAAACGACGUCAUAUCUAAGCUUAUAAAAAUUGGGAUCCUUGCCGAAUAUAAUAGUAUUGAUCCACAAUACGAAGCAACAUACUUAUCAUUUAUCCACAUAUCGUACCUAGAAUUCUUCACUGCAGUGUACAUAUCGUGCGUUUAUGGUGCAGGAAAAACACAUACUCCUGUGGAACAUGACAGUGAACAAAGCAAAUCCGUCCUAGAAGAAUUAUUCAUAAAGUUUACUUCAGUUGCUGAUGUUCUGCAGUUGUCACAAAUGUUGAAAAUGUUGUGCGGUUUGUGUCCGAAUAUGACUGUAGAAAUUUCUCAAUUGAUCUCAAACAAUAUGGCGACUGAUAAAAGUCUGAUUAAUUACAGGAAAGAUAUCCACGUACGUAUGCUGUCAUCAUGGCCAGUACUGAAUCGCCAUAAACUUGUCUCUCAGAUACAAACUCUUAUAGUAGAUUGUUUAUCCGAGUGUGGAUUGGACGAUAUACCUGUCAUUAGUCUUUGUGAUAUUUUAAUCGAUUCAAAUUUCAACAUGUCUAUCAUAUCUAAGUUAAAAACUUCUGACGUAGUAUCCGUCAAGUAUAUAAAACAUCAAAGCCUUGCCAAAAUAUCUCAAUGGAUAGAACAACUUCCGAACCUACAAUACAUAUACAUGCACACUGGAAGAAAUCGUAUAUCGUGUCAGAAAAGUGACCUAGUGCGUCGGUCAUUACAACGGGCAGUGUCUUUAAAAAAUCUUACUCUGUCAUGCCAAUUCGCGGAUAGUAAAUGCCACUUCCUGGACCUAUCUAAUCAUGAUCAACUUCAGAGUAUCCGAUUGGACAUUGAUCUAGUUAAAACUGAUUUCUUGUUAAAUUUGAAACAUCUAGAAACAAUAUACAUUUAUGACGACCGAUAUAUCAAUAUAAACUCGCAUAAUAUGGUGCCAGUUCAUGUCUUUUGCAAAUAUACGUUUUGUGAAGGGCAUUCAUCUGACUCGUCAGAAGAGGAGCAGAUUCAGAAUGUUUAUGAAGAUAUUGAUUUUGACAUUUUGCUUCCCAUAAGGAUCAAUAAAUCAGAUGAAAAGGCCACUAUCCCAAACAAAGGUGAACUAAACCACGACUUUUGCGGACGACUAGCAUCAGCAGUAGAACAAGCAACGUCAUUAAAACAUCUAUCAUUGCGUCAUGGCAAAUGUAACAGGGAGCAUUGUACAUAUCAAAGCAUCGACUUGUCUGGACAUGAUCAGUUGCAAAGUCUCGGGCUGAGCAGCAACUUUUCUGUGUCUCUUUUAAAUACUUCAAGUCUUAAGGAUCUAUUCAUUGGUGGCUUAACUGACGCGAAUCGCCUUCUUUUACAUUGUCGGUACAGCAACCUAACGUAUUUGAGUAUACAUCAAUUGUCAUCGUACACGGUUCCAAUGAAUUCGGCCAUAAAUACUUUAGGACAGCUACAGAGACUAUCUUUACGAUUUGUAGACAUUGAUGAAAAUGCUCUCACUGUCUCACCCGAAAUGAAUAAUCUCUGUGAAAUAGACCUUGACGAAGUCGAAAUACGUUUUCAGACGUGGCUUGCUUUCGUUGAAAGUCUUCUGACUCCCACACAGCAUAUACGUGUUCAUGCUAGUAGGUUUGACGUAACAAAAAGUGAAGAGGAAGCUUUUCGAGAAUAUAUCGAACAUAAUAAAAUGUUCAAAGUGGUAUUCAGUUCCAGCCGUACUUUUAGAUUUCUAUCUAACAAAUGACUACUGAAAGCAGUCAAACGUCACAGACUAAUUCAGAAUAUUAGUGAAAUUGACUUCACAAGUUGAUUCUUAGCCCGCCUUUGCACAAUUACGGACUUGAAUUAGGUAAGAACUAAUAGAUGUGGAACUGAGGCAUAUAUUUAUAAAUAUUUGCAAAACUGCAUUUAUUUGGAUGACAGCAUCAUCGAUUAUGCAAUAUAAUCUAUUGUUGAUUUAUGUUUAUAUUUUUUUGUGUUCAACUUUAUUGUCAGAUGUUAUUGUUGCAACAUUUUAUUAAGACUAGAGAAAAUGUUUAUGAUCAGGUACAUGUUUUGAAGCUUGAUUGGAAAGGUGUUCAAAAUCAAAACCUGAAACAGCGUUUCAAAACCGUUUUAAAUAGAGUUAUUUGACCAACAAAACUAGUGAGAAAGUCUAUUGCAUCUAACUUUGUGAGUAAGGGUUAUUGAAAUCCUUGUGAAUGCUGAAAUUUCUGUUAUUAUACCUUUUUGAUGCAGUUUCUCCUAAUAAUUCCAGAGAAUUAGGACCAACCACAUUAUCCCCUCCUCCGUACCUGCAAAUUGCCAAUCAAUAUAUUUUCGUCUUUUAACAAGAAUUAAGUGCGGACACAGACGUUAGGGCUGAGAUAUACCUAUCCCCUCCACCCUAGCUUUAGAAUACAAAUAGAAUAUAAUAUUAAUGAGAAUUUUUAAAAGUAUAGACUGACAGCAGGGGCAGGAAUCGGAGGUGAUGACUAUGCCCCGAGGUCUGUGGCAAUGUAAGGCGUAAUUGCAACACAAAACAUCUUUUUAUUAAUCGAAUAGAUUACAGUAAAAAGCUGCAAAUAUUGUAUUAGGAAAACCUGUCAAAAUAACAUCAUCGAAAUUGUUUUUAGAAUUAAACUGGAUAUCAGUUAAAAAAUAAGCGUUUAUCAUAUUGCAAUGAUGAAGUGCAUUACAUGAUAUUAGAUCUUGCGUUCUCUUUUAUGAAUGCAUCAUAUGCUUGUAGCUCAGCGUGAGAAAAAAAAACAUGAUACACGUAAGACCUAAUUAUCAAAUAAUUUCAGUAUACAAUAUAUUCGUACAUUAAUGUGUUUAGCUAUGAAUGUCUGGAAUUAUUUAUCCUUACUUAUUGAAUAUUAAAACACAUUUACUUGAAUUACAGUUUGAAUUAUUUCAUGAAAUAUGUUUCUGUUGGAAGCAAAAUGAUCAAUUCUACUGUUUUAAAAUUGAUUAAUUCUGUACACUGUGUAUAAAUUGCAAAUUGGUGUUUUAGAUUUACAUAUUAAUAUUGAAUGUAAUUGUGUAAAUAAAUCGAUGUCCAAAAUCGUGACCGUCAUAAAAUAAAGUGUUUGUUAUUA